AUGAUCAUAUCAUUAAAAAAAUAUAUUAAAGAAUUGAAAUUAGGAGAAGUAAAUUAUUUUUCAUCAAAACAAUAAGAAUAAGGAAAUGUAGAAGAAUUAUAUUAAAAGGGUAAUCAUAUGAUUAUUUUAGGAUGCAAAUUAUAUGAUGAUGAUAAAUAUGAAGAAGCAAUUAAACUAUUAGAUGCAGCUUUAUUGAUUAAUCCUAAACAUUUCAGUUCAUUAUAUAUAAAAGGUAUACAAAUCAUACACAACUAUAUUAGCUGAUUCUUUAAAAAUGCUUGGGAAUUACAAAGAUGCAAUUAUAUGGGCAGAUAAAGCUUUGUCUAUAGAUUCAAAGCAUAUCUAUUCCUUAAAUACAAAAGGUAUAUAAAUCAAACAAAAAUUUAUUAGCUGAAUCUUUAAAAUACUUGGGAAUUACAAAGAGGCAAUUAUAUGGGCAGAUAAAGCUUUGUCUAUUGAUUCAAAACAUUUCUAUUCAUUAUUCAUAAGAGGUAUACAAAUCAAACAAAGAUUUAUUAGCUGAAUCUUUAAAGUAAUUAACUUAAGCAGGAUUAUCUUUUUCAUUAACUAACAUUUAUUAAAACACUAUUUUAAAUGUUAGAAAUUCAACAGCUGAAAUAUUUUGUGGUUUGCCUUUUUUUUUAAGAUUAAUGAAAAUAAAUAAAUUCACUAAGGGAAAAUAAAUUUGA